UCGUCUCACACUCACACUGAACCUCUAACUCCUACAUUAUAGGCAGCCAUGGGCACCGCAGCAUUUCUCCUCCGAGCUGUACGACGUCGUCCUGUCACAACAGCCAUGGGGGCUGCAGCAUUGGUCUCCCUCUCUGCCUACCGAUCUUAUGGUAGUGAAAGGUCCUCAAAAUUGGCAUCAGACCAAGAACAAGGAAAAAGGUCCCCAAAAUUGGCAAGCUGGUUUAAACCUUUCAGGGUUACAGAGGUUGAGGGUGGAGGCUCGGCAAUCCAGGGGAAUGAACCCUCUAGGCCGUGGUUCAAAACAACUAUAUUCAUACGUGGCCAUGGCAGCUCUCAUACCACUGGCAAUAUUGGCGGUGGUUCUAUCUCUUUGGACAGUGGAACUGAAGCCCUUGGUAACGGCUCUACUGAUUUUGGAGAGAAAUCUAAGAUAUUUGGUCUUGACUGUUAUAUUAAACACCAUGGUCGGUUUAGUCUGCCUACUCCUGAAUUAAACUUGCUAUUCUGUCUACUGUUAGUAUCUAUUCAACGACUUUGUGCAGACCUUAUCACUCUGCCUCUAAUAGUUAUUAAUGCACUACUUACUCCAAUACUGCUGAUUCUUGGUUCAAUGGUGGGGACUCUGGCUCCACUAGGGGCAAUUUUGGCACAAAUUUUAAUGGUUCUGGCUCCAGCAGCAGCUCUAAUGGCGGCUCUGGCUCUAGCAGUUCUUAUGCCGGUUCUGGCUCCAGCACCUCGAGCAGUUCUUUUGAAGAUUAUGGCUGGAGCAAUUCUUAUGGUGUCUUUGGCUCUGGCUAUAGCACUACUUAAGGCGUCUCAAGCUCCCACAGUUAAGACUGAAGGUUCUCGCUCCAGCAGUUCUUAUGGUUGUUCUGAAGGUGUGGAUGGCUCUGACUCUUAAAUUGCAUACAUAUGGUAGGAAAUGACCAACCCAACAUGCUGUCAUGCAUGUUGAGAAAAUAAGAAUGCGUGUUAUUAAGUUAUAUUUUAGUGAUUGUUCUUGAACUUACUUAGUCUUUGGAAUUUUGGU